AUGGGUUCCAUACCCAGUCAGGUCCUAAGUUCAGAAAAGGAACAAGAUUCCUUACCUGGGAAGAGAGCAUUUAGUACAGAAGAAGUAGGCUCUGAGAGAAGCCCUAGGACACUGCUGCUGUGUGGAUUCCAUGUACAGUUGAAUCCGGGUAGAAACCAAGCUAGGCGAGCAGAAGCCAGGGGAGGUGAAGAUUUAAGAAAGAAAUCCACACACAAUAGCACAAAGGGGGACGGGGGCUCUGAAUCCAGAGUUUGCUACACCAAGCUAUUGUGCCCACUUCUGUCCUUCCGUCACCACUCCACACACCCAGAAGCACUGCAGAUGUUGAGUUUGGAGAAUGGCACUAUGACUGCCGAGUUCCUUCUUGUGGGAUUUAGUGACCAUCCAGAAAUUCAGCAUCUGCUCUUUGCUAUGUUCUUUUCCAUUUACUCUGUCACCCUGAUGGGGAAUCUUGGGAUGAUUUUAUUAAUCACAAUCAGCUCCCCCUUGCACACCCCAAUGUACUUUUUCCUCCUCAUGCUCUCCUUAGUUGAUGCCUGCUACUCCUCUGUCAUUGCCCCCAAAUUACUUGUGAACUUGAUUUUUGAUGAGAAGACCAUUUCUUACAAUGGCUGUGCUGCACAGUUAUAUUUUUUCUGCUUUAUGGUUGACACUGAAUCUUUUCUCUUGGCUGCCAUGGCUUAUGACAGAUAUAUAGCAAUCUGUAACCCCAUGCUUUAUACUGUUAUUAUGUCCAAAAGAGUUUGUUGCCAGCUUGCACUUGGAGCAUUUUUGGGUGGCACUAUGAGCUCAAUAAUUCACACCACUAAUACUUUCCUUCUAGCCUUCUGCUCCACGGAAAUCAACCAUUUCUUUUGUGAUAUUACCCCUCUUUUCUCUCUGUCCUGCACUGACACAUAUGUGCACGACAUCAUUCUGGUGGUGUUUGCUAGUUUGGUGGAAGCUAUUUGUCUUCUAACAGUUCUCCUAUCUUAUGUCUGUAUUAUAGCAGCGAUCCUUAAGACAGGUUCAGCAGAAGGAAGAAGGAAAGGAUUCUCCACCUGUGCUUCGCACCUGACCGUGGUCACUAUUUACCAUGGCACUCUGAUCUUCAUUUACUUGCGGCCCAGUGUAGGCCAUUCAAUGGCUAUUGACAGAGUUACCUCCGUGUUCUACACAUUGAUUAUACCCAUGCUGAACCCCCUCAUUUACAGUCUAAGGAACAAGGAUGUCAAAAAUGCCUUCAGAAAAAUAAUUUACCAAAAGAGGCUAUCUUAA